AUGGUGACCGCUGACGCCCGGCUAUACAUGCUCGUCAACAAAAUGCUCGCCGAGGUGCCGGCCAAGUAUGAGAAUGACCCGGCCGGACAUCCUGAGAUUCGAGAUCUAAAGACACUGUUUGACCUUUUUGACAGUAUUUUGCUCGAACCGCCUUCGUGGGAUAGCUCUGGGCAGAUCGUCACUCCUAUCAACGCCGUGCUAGACUGGCCCAUGGGCACCAGAGCCGGCUUUGCGGCGUUUCUGAACACCAAGUCAACGAGCACCCUGAACACUCGCGAACGCGGCUGGUUCUCGCAAACCGCGCUGAAUAGCCCUCACAUGGUGGACUUCGCGGAGAAUUAUGGCGUGGAUGUUACGAAGCCAGCGGGUGGGUUUACGUCGUGGGACGCCUUCACGCGACAAUUCGUGACUGGCCGUCGCCCUGUCGCCUUUCCCGGCGACCAGAACGUCAUCGUGAGCGCCGCCGAAGCCACGCCCUUCGCGGUCCCGCGAAAGGUCAAUCUCUUCGACACCUUUUGGCUCAAGGGCCAGCCUUAUCCGCUGGCCCACAUGAUGAACAAUGACCACCGCGCCGAGCAAUUUGUCGGCGGCACCGUGUACCAGGCAUUCCUCAGCGCCAACAGCUACCAUCGCUUCCACGUGCCCGUGUCCGGCCAGAUCGUGGACGAGCCCGUCCUCGUCGCGGGGACGUACUACUCGGAGCCGCCGGUCACGGGCUUCAGCCCCGAUGACGACCCCGCGGUCCCGGACCCCGGGGCGGACAAGGCGUCACAAGGGUACACCUCGGCGGUGGCGACGCGCGCCGUCGUCUUCAUGAAGCCGACAACCCGGCGAUCGGCCUCAUGGCCAUUAUUCUCGUGGGCAUGCGAGGUCUCGUCAGCCGAGAUUACCAUGCCCCCGAAGAAGCACUUCGAGAAGGGAGAACAGCUGGGCAUGUUCCACUUCGGUGGCUCGACCCACUGUCUGUGCUUCAGGCCCGGUGUGGACCCGCAAUUCAACUUCCCGGAUAACAUCCCCGGUCCGAACAACACGAUUCAGUGGCCGGUCAGCAGCGCUUGCGUCCUUGGUCGUGCCGAAGACCGCUGCUUAGGCGAGCUGAGGGAGAUACAUAUGUGUUGUCGAACGGGGGGCGUCCCGGUUCUGCCAGCCGGACGGAACCUUCAUUGGUUGGCAUGUCUAGAAUGGGGGAUCUCGGCCUCGGUGUCGAUUGAAUCCUUGUCCUUCCAGCGGCACAGAAGUUGA